UAGGCAAAAGCAGCGUGUGUGUGCGAGAGAGAGAGAGAGCGAGAGAGAGAGAAACGCCUUCACACAGAGACACAUCCACCGAUCCAUAGAUCUGUGUGUGUUUCCAUCGAUCUGUGUCUGUGUUAUCGUAUGCAAUAGAAUACCUCAAUGCCUUCACAGAAGCGUUCGUCACCAGAGCAGCACAGCGACGAUGAAGACCAUCGCCACCACCAACGACCCAAGCAAUCUCGACCGCAAGAUGAACACCAACUGCUGCAACAAGAAGAAGAAGAGGAAGAAGAAGAAGUAGCAGUAGAAGAAAAAGAUGAAGACGACGAACACGAUGCCGAUUCUGAUGCUAGCGCAUCUUCUACUUCUCAAGAAACUCCCGAAUUAUAUUCAUACAACUGCCAGAACUCCGUAAAGAUGUACACUGUCCAAUAUGUCUUGGAAUUAUUAAGAAAACACGAACUGUAAUGGGAUGCCUACACAGGUUUUGCAGGGAAUGUAUCGACAAGUCAAUGCGAAUGGGGAACAAUGAGUGUCCUGCUUGUCGCACACACUGUGCAAGUCGGCGUUCAUUGAGAGAUGAUCCAAAGUAUGAUGCCCUAAUAGCAGCUUUAUAUCCAGAUAUUGAGAAGUAUGAGGAGGAGGAAUUGGCUUUCCAUCAGGAGGAGAGGACUCGGAACGAGCAGAUCCAAGCAUCAAUUGCCAAAGUUUUUGAACAACAAUCAGAAGCUCUAAUCAAGAGACGCGCAUCUGGAAAAGAUACACCAGAUUCGUUUCCUGUGAGACCGCAGCGCAAUAGUCGGAGUUCUGUUUUAAGGAGACGGAACUCUCGAGCCACUGAUAUUCAAGGAUAUAAAGACAAUGAGGAUGAUAAUGACAAUGACAAUAAUAACAUGGGCAAAAAUUUAUCUUCCACUGAUGACCGGCGUGAAGUUAGGCCAAGACGGCGGAGAAGACGGGCAGGAUUUCGAUCCUCUCAGCCUACUUCAUCUCUGGCCAAUUCAAGUGGAGGAUGCACUGAAAAUGAUAUAGAAGGGAAACGAGAGAACCACGGAAUUUCACCUGGUGUUGUCUGGAGCUCUGAAAUGCUUGUUUGGGGGCGGGGUGGUGCCCGGAGUCACACACGGCAUGGCAUUGCUAGUGGUUGCAACAGUAAGAAUUCUCGGAGCACUCGCAUUUCGAAGUUGGUUGAUUAUCUCCGGAGCUUAGAGGAAAACAAUGAUGAGUUAGAUGUUCAUCUCUUGCUUGUUCCUAAGGAUACAAGUCGUACACCAAAGUUGCAGCAGCCACACCUUUGCUGUCGGCCGAGUUUGUCAGUGAAGCACCUUUGUGAAUAUGUUUCUCACCAGACGUCGUUGAGGGCUGAAGAAGUUGAAUUAUUAGAAGUGCCUCAGAGUUUCAAUCACAUUUCUGAUGAUGAGGAAUUGGAUCCGGAUUCUGUGAUAGAUCCGAUCAAAAAUGACCUGAAAAUUCUGCAAGAAGAAGAAACUUUGGCAGAGGUUAGAGCCAAUAGCAUUUCUUGCAGGGACUAUUUGGUGAGUAGACAUAAGAAGGGUUCUUGUCCAAAAUUUAUAGCACAUACUGUGCAAAUAACAAAAUGCAUUAGCUGGUUGAAUUUUUCUCUUAUUUAACCGGAAGGAACACUCCGACAUACAUCGUUGCAUUACAUUUGAUUGUUUUAAACUGCGCGAAGUAUAUAAUAUGAGUGGGUUUGUUACUCUUUUCAGAUUAUAGCAUACAGGCGGAAGGAGAUUAGUUAGAAAAUUGUGAACUUGCCAAAUGAAUUCGGACGAGAAAAUUGUUAUAUUGGCCGUUGAUAUGCUGUAAAUGUGGUUGAAGAUAUAUAGAUACCGGGAUGCAUUGAUCCCCAGUUGAGACAUUGUUUCCUGUAUUCUUUGUGUUGUAAAACACUUGUUUGUAUUAAUAGUUUAAUUUUGUGUUCACAA